AUGGGAGCACGUGAAUGUUGUCGCCAUCCUCCUUUGGGAGUAGACAAGUUUUUGAAAGAAGACCCAGGCCAGGAGGCUGCCACAACACCAAGGACGGCAAAAUCAGCGUUUCGUGAAGAACAGGAUCAACUCAAUAACAUCCAGUACGCGCUCAAAUUCCCCACUAUCGACCCGUUUUUAAACCUCUACAUUGAAAAGGAGGAAGCGGAGCCGUACAUUACUAAAGCGUCAGACGCCGACAUCUAG